UCUUGUCCUGGUAACAGAGAGUGUUGUCAAACGUUGCUAAGGAAGUAGUCGAGCUAACGAUACUUUUAAAUCAGCCGGCCUGGCCACCAAACACCAGUAAACGAGAGGUAACAUUACGUCAAGUGGUGGAUGUCAGUCAAUAAUGAGAAAGCCCAAUCCACCUGACCACAGCUGGUCACAUGGCUGGACAUGAGAGGAUGGGUGACAGUCUCCUCCGUCAGUACGCUGAGGCUCCUGGUCAAGGGGACCCAGUUGUCGUUGACAGCAGGGCGCUCAAGACCCCCUUAGUGACCGCCAAAUUCAGCAGGGAGCCCAAGGACGCCCUUAAACUCAGUGCCACAUGCGCAGAGGGAGCGGUCAGUCCAUACCAGCCUCGACCACCCUCACAACCCAGGCUGUCCGGCAAAAGCUGCUCCGUGGAGGAGAACCUUAUAACCAGGAGGCUGAAAAAUAGCCAGGAGAGUCUCAGUGACCCAACUGAAACUGGCUCCUCUACAGACUCGCUCAGAGAGGACCAAGCAGCUCUUGUUGCGGGCACGUUGCUUCUCAGAGGUGCCGCCACCAUCAGGAACAGCAAGGACGCCAAUGUGAGACCUGUCUCCGCCGUAACGAGAGGAUCCCCAGUCUUCCGGGACAGAGGGAGAAGCCUCUCUGAGUAUGAAAGGAGGCCCACCAGCCAGCAGAGCGACCCUGUGGACCAUCUGGUGAGGCCCGCCAAGGUGCGUCUAACUCCAGUGCAACCCACCGGGACGCUGCCUGCUCUCGAGAAGAGCUUUGCCACUUUAAGGGCGGCUAAUAGGAUUGACAGGGAUUGUUUGGAUUAUGCCGUGUUGGCCAGAGAGAAGCAUGGGGAGAGACUCCACAGGAACCUGAGCGACAGUCGGCUCCUGGAGAACAUGGGGUCGGAUAGUGCCUCUGUCAACUCCAUGAGGUCCAAUUAUAGCGUGCUGAGCCCCAUCAGACCCCAGGAUGUGAGGAACAGGAGCUUCCUGGAGGGAAGUGUGCUGGGUAGUGGAGCUCUGCUGGGGGCCGAGGAGCUGGACCGCUACUUUCCAGACAGGAGACUGGGCAUCUACGUCGCCACAUGGAACAUGCAGGGGGAGAAGGGGCUUCCAUCCAACUUAGACGACCUCCUCCUUCCAACAGACUCGGAAUUUGCACAAGACUUUUACAUCAUUGGGGUCCAGGAGGGAUGUCCUGACAGGAGGGAGUGGGAGACCCGUCUUCAGGAGACUCUGGGACCUUACUAUGUCAUGCUGUAUGCAGCAUCACAUGGUGUUUUGUAUCUAAGCGUGUUUGUCAGAAGAGACCUCAUCUGGUUCUGCUCAGAGGUAGAGCAUGCCACGGUUACAACCAGGAUCAUCUCCCAGAUCAAAACCAAAGGCGCUGUGGGACUGGCUUUUACGUUUUUCGGGACUUCUUUCCUUUUCAUCACAUCCCAUUUCACCUCUGGAGAUUCCAAAGUUUACGAGAGAAUACUGGACUACAACAAGAUCGUUGAGGCUCUAGCUCUUCCAAAAGGCCUUCCAGACACCAACCCAUACCGCUCCACCCCAUCUGACGUCACGACAAGAUUUGACCAGGUCUUCUGGUUUGGAGAUUUCAACUUCCGAAUCAGUAAAGAUCGGGUUGAUGUGGAAAGCAUGAUAAACCGCACAGUAGGGGAGAAUAUGGGCCCUCUGUUGGAGCACGACCAGCUGUCCAAGGAAAUUAAAGAGGGUUCAAUCUUUAAAGGUUUCCAAGAGGCCCCGAUACACUUCCGCCCUACAUACAAGUUUGACGUGGGCUGUGAUAUCUACGACACUACUUCUAAACAGAGGACGCCUUCAUACACAGACAGGAUCUUGUUCAGGAACAGGCAGGCAGAUGACAUAAAAGUGGUCAAGUACACCAGCUGCUGCGGCAUCAAGACCUCAGACCAUCGACCCGUCAUCGGGGUCUUCCAGGUCAAACUAAGGCCAGGCAGAGACAAUAUUCCCCUUGGUGCUGGCCAGUUUGACCGAGGCUUGUACUUGGAGGGCAUCCGGAGGAGGAUCACCAGAGAGUUGAAGAGGAGGGAGGCCAUGAAGAACCAAGGUAGCAGCACGAUCUGCACCAUCUCCUGAAACCCUUCAGAUUCGCUCAGCAGUCCAGACUGGAUUGUAUCGAAACGGUGCCAGAAACUGGAAUGUAAAACCAGGCAGGAAAGCAAUUGUCUUCACGACAUUUGGCGUAACCUGGUACAGGACGGCAGUGGGACUGAGCAGGGUGCGCCCUCUGUUGGGCAUAAUUGGGAACAUUGCAUGUGUCUGAUUGUCCUGUCGGAGGGGGCUGGCUGUUCUUGAGGGCAGGGACCCUGAGGUCAGAGGGACUAAAGGUUUGCAGACACAGCAGUCUGGUCUUUAUUUAUUCUGCCCCCCUUAACUCAAACAGGAAUGGGUGGGGGGGGGGGGGGGCUGCCGCUGUGGCUUACUCUUCAGUUACAUGCUCCAGUGUGAACUGGUCUUUGUGUAGCUGCAUUCAUUCACCCAUUUUUUUUUUUUUAAAAGCAUCAUGAACUACAAGGUAACAUUUUCUAAAGCUACAUCAGUGUUCAAAUGCUUUUUUUUUACUCAUCAAGCAGCUUACAAAACAUUCAGUUUAGGUUUCAGCCAUUGAUUGAUCUGAACUUGAAUUUUAGUCCCAAGCUAAAUGUUUUUUGGAGAGAUAAAGUAUGACUGAAAAAGGGAGCUUUA